AUGAACGAACAACCGUCUCGCGACGUCUCACAGCAGCACGGAAACGACCAAAACAAGUGGGCUGUCGUACCUAAGGACGGCUUAGAAGCUACUGAAAGAAAGCCGACCAUAGGGACACCCCAUGACGGCACAAAACCACCUGGCAUAAAGCCGGGCAUAAUGUCACUCAAUACCAGCCCUGGACCACCUGGUACAAAGCCGAUCAUAGGGGCACUAUAUGCCGGCGCAAAGCAACCUGGCAGAACGCCACCGAUAGGGGUACUCAAUGCCAGCGUAGAACAACCUACCAGAAAGCCGACAAUAGGGGCACCCAAUAACGACGCUGAGCCAACUGGCAUUGAACCGGCAACAAUGUCCCUCAAUUCCAGCGCAGGAGCACCUAAUAUAGAGCCGAUCAUAGCGGCACAAAAUGCCGGCGAAAAGAAAUCUGGCAGAUCGCCACCAAUAGGGGCAGUCAAUGCCAGUGCAGGACAGCCUACAAGAAAGCCGGCCAUAGGGGCAUUCAAUAACGAGGCUGAGCCACCUGACAUGGCGCCGGAAAUAAUGUCCCUCAAUGCCAGCGCAGAACCACCUGGUGGAAAGCCGAUCAUAGGGGCACUCAAUGACGCCACUGAGCCACCUGGUAUAAAGUCAUCCUUAUGGACACUCAAUGACGCCACUGAACCACCUGGCAUAAAGCCGGCUAUAACUUCUCUUUAUUCCAGCCCAGAACCACCUGUCAGAAAGCCGGUCAUAGGGGCACCUAAUGACGACGCAGAACCACCCGGCAUAAAACCGCCCCUAAGAGAACUAAAUGCCGGCGCAAAGCCACCAGGCAGAAGGCCACCCAAAGGGACACUCAAUGACGGCGCUGUACAACCUGGCAGAAAGCCGGCCAUAGGGGAACCCAAUGACGACACAGAGCCACCUGGCAGAAGGCCACCCAUAGGGGCACUCACUGACGGCGCUGAGUCAACUGGCAUAAAGCCGCACAUAGGUGAACUCAAUGCCGGCGCAAAGCAACUUGGUCGAAGGCCACCAAUAGGGACGCGCAUUGACGACUCAGAACCACCUGGCAGAAAGCCGCCCAUAGGGACACUCAAUGACGGUUCAGAACCACCAAGAAAAAGGCCACCUAUAGGGACACGCGAUGACGGCACCGAACCACCUGGCAGAAAGCCACCCUUAGUGGCAGCCCAUGACGGCGCAAAAAGACGUGGUGGUAAGAAAGAUAACUGCCGUAGACGUAGUGAUGGAAAUAAUAGCAGGUCAAAAUCGAGUAUCGAACCGACCGACUCCCAUACCGAAUCUGAAAACAAGAACAUCAAAUACAUAUCAAAGUCCUAUGGGACAAAUUCGGAUGACACGAAGUAUCAAAUCGUCAUCAACAUUAAUCAAAUGUCGGAGGAAUACAGCAGCAAGUUUUAUUCAAGCUCUUGGGACACUGACACAAAUACCAAAUACGACAAGCAGACGCCAGCUCAAUCCGACAACGAGAUGUCAGCUAUGACGAGCUCUUCGGACACCGAUUCCAAAACGAAAUACGACGACGAGAUGCCAGCUAUGGCGAGCUCUUCGGGCACCGAUACCAUCACCAAAUACGACGCUGAGAUGCAAGUUAUUGCGAGCUCUUUGGGCACCGAUACCAUCACCAAAUACGACGACGAGAUGCCAGCUAUCGCGAGCUCUUCGGGCACCGAUACCAUCACCAAAUACGAUGACGAGAUGCCAGCUAUGGCGAGCUCUUCGGGCACCGAUACCAUCACCAAAUACGACGACGAGAUGCCAGCUAUGGCGAGCUCUUCGGGCACCGAUACAAUCACCAAAUACGACGACGAGAUGCCAGCUAUGACGAGCUCUUCGGGCAACGAUACAAUUACCAAAUACGACGUUGAGAUGCCAGCUAUGGAGAGCUCUUCGGGCACCGAUACCAUCACCAAAUACGUCGACGAGAUGCCAGCUUUGGCGAGCUCUUCUGUCACCGACACUAUCACCAAAUACGACGACGAGAUGCCAGCUAUGGCGAGCUCUUCGGGCACCGAUACAAUUACCAAAACCGACGAGGAGACGAUACCUAAAGUAAGCCCUUGGGGGACCGAUGCCUUUACCGAAUACAACGAGGAGAUGCCAAAGUCAUCAUCAUGUAGUGAUAUAUGUCCUGAUUGUUCAUUUCCUCCCGGACUAAUCUGCUGUAAGCCAGGCAUGAACUGCGAGUCUGCCGUCGUCGGAGAAUGCUUCUGCCAGUUCGGAAAUAUUCCGGACUCAGACGACGUGUUCGGAUGUUGUCUGAAAAACUGUACUGAAGGACAGUCGUCCAACAUAAGUGGAGAUUGCGCCCCACUCAGUAAGCCCAGCAUUCGAACUACCGCCACUACGAUCCGCAUCCGACGUGCCGCCACUACGAUCCGCAACCAAACUACCGCCACUGCGAUCCGCAACCAAACUACCGCCACUACGAUCCGAGCCUCAGCUACAAAAUGCAAGGAAGCAAACGAGUAA